AUGACGAUUACUUUGGAUGAUGUUGCCAAUCUUCUCGGAUUGCCUAUUAGGGGUGAGUUCUACAGUCCACCCGAUGUAGAUAGAGUAACGACGUGUAAUCUUGUCGUCCAUCUAUUAGGAGUGACCACGGAAGAGAUCUGGGAGGAGACCAAAAAGACUAGAGGUGCACACUAUAGAUUGGAUUGGUUGAAGGAGGUGUUCAGAAGGCAGUGUGCAGCAGAGAGGUUUGACUAUGCUGCUAGGGCAUAUCUGUUGAAUUUAGUCGGGAGUACUAUUUUCACUGAUAAGAGUCAUACUCUAGUUGAUGCGAAGUACCUGCCUUUAUUCAGAUAUUUAGAUGGUAUACAUAAAUAUGCAUGGGGUACUGCUGCACUAGUGGUGCUUUAUGACUACCUCUCAGAUGCCUGCUAUUAUGACACCAAACAGCUAGGUGGAUACAUGACGCUGCUUCAGAUUUACGAAUAUUUUCCGAAUAUUUGUAAUAGAGGUGAUCAGGGUGCUGACGUUGAAUGUUUUGCCCGAAUGAAUAGAUGGUGCUAUAAGCAAGGCAAGCAUAAGGUCCACGAAUACAGAAGUAUUAUUGAUGCAUUGACACCUGUAGAUGUUAUAUGGAGACCAUGGGAGAAUCACAGGGGUGUCAUUCCUUUUGAUGAUAUCAUGCUUUAUACUGGUCACAUUCGAUUAUGCAGCACUAUAGUGAAAUAUCUACCAGAGAGGUGUUUGAGACAAUUUGGAUAUAUCCAAUAUAUUCCUUCACCGCCACUUCCAGAUCCUGCUAGAUUAUUUGAUGUGUCUCAUCCACUGCUGGUGCUACCAGAUGGUGUACCUCAGGUCCCACGUUAUAGUGUACCGCCCACCAGUGCAGAUGCUUCUAGUUCACAGCCGCCACCUAUUCUACAGCAGAUCGGUGAUCUUAUACAACAGGGGUUGAGUCAACAUCAAGCUAGUCCAAAUGACGAGUUGUAUAUUCACUUUUAUAAAGCUUUGUAUUUAUCACGUAGUCGCAUUAGUUAG